GGCUCAGGGGCUAUAAAGCCGGCAGGCUGCGGCAGCCCCCCGCCCUCAGGACCGGCUGCAUUCGAGGCUGUCAGCAAGCAGGUCCUCGCAGCCCCGCCAUGGCCCUGUGGACACGCCUGGUGCCCCUGCUGGCCCUGCUGGCGCUCUGGGCCCCCGCCCCGGCCCGCGCCUUCGUCAACCAGCACCUGUGCGGCUCCCACCUGGUGGAGGCGCUGUACCUGGUUUGCGGAGAGCGCGGCUUCUUCUACACGCCCAAGGCCCGCCGGGAGGUGGAGGGCCCCCAGGUGGGGGUGCUGGAGCUGGCCGGAGGCCCUGGCGCGGGCAGCCUGGAGGGGCCCCCCCAGAAGCGUGGCAUCGUGGAGCAGUGCUGUGCCGGCGUCUGCUCUCUCUACCAGCUGGAGAAUUACUGCAACUAGACCCGCCCCGCCGCCAAUAAAGCCCAUGGCGAGC